GUAGUUUAUAUGAGUAUCUAAGAACUUAAAUAUGUUAAAUACAAGCUGUGAAGUAUUCAGUACGUUUAUAGUUUAGUUUAGCCAACAAGUUGGCAACUUGGUUGUUUGGUGCAGUUGUGAAUGCAAGAGAGGGAGUUGAAAGCAAAGUGAAUAGUACGCUACGUUACGUACUAAGUCGCAGUGACGAUAGUGUAACGAAAGUUAUAACAAACAACAAAUGAUAUGGCGGAAGCACAUUCAGCUGUAGCAUUUAGUUUUUCCAUUACUCAUGAAGGAUGGGAUGUUAAUUUUGAUAGAGAAGUUUUACAUUUGGUAUGGCAAUCAGGUAUUCGUUCUUGGAAGAAAAGAUCUUUUAGAUUUGUUAAUAAUUUGAGAAGUGGUGUAUAUCCUGCCUCUUUAGAAAGUUUAUGGUUUACCAUAGCUGUAGUAACUGCAAUACAUUUUGCUGGCUACAAAGUACCUUAUGAUCUUGUUGGGAAAGCUGCACCAUAUCUUCCAGGAUCUUCAGUAUUGGCACACUUAGCAGGUUCUUUUAUAGUUGGGUUGUUUUUGUGGUUGGUAGUAAUAUAUGUACUACGGUAUACUUUAAAGUUAUUACUUAUGUACAAAGGAUGGAUGUAUGAAUCGAGAGAAAAAGGUGCUAAUGCUUCAAGAAUUUCUAAGAUUUGGAGCACAUUAGUGAAAUUGUUCUUUGGAUGGCACAAACCAAUGCUGUAUAGUUUUCAAGGAUCAUUGCCACGACUACCACUACCUUCAGUGGAAGAUACAAUGAAACGGUAUUUACGAAGUGUUCGACCAUUGCUCGAUGAUGAAAACUAUUCUCGAAUGGAGACAUUGGCAAAUGAAUUUCAAAAAGGCAUUGGUGCAAAACUUCAACGAUAUUUAAUUUUAAAAUCUUGGUGGGCUACAAAUUAUGUAUCUGAUUGGUGGGAAGAAUAUGUUUAUUUACGUGGACGAUCUCCCAUAAUGGUGAAUUCAAACUUUUAUGGUAUCGAUGCUAUUCUUAUGUACUCUUCUCAUGUACAAGUUGCUCGUGCUGCAAGUGCUAUUUAUUCGUGUCUACAGUAUAGACGACUCAUUGAACGUCAAGAAUUAGAACCGAUAUUAAUUCAAGGUUUGGUACCUCUCUGUUCAUGGCAAUAUGAAAGAUUAUUUAAUACCACAAGGAUACCAGGACGUGAAACGGACAAAAUUGUACACCAUCAGGAUUCUAAACAUAUUGUUGUAUAUCAUAAGGGAAAAUAUUUCAAAGUUCUUAUCUAUCACAAAAAUAGGAUCCUUCAACCUUGUGAAAUUGAAAUACAAAUGCAACAAAUUUUGGAUGAUAAAUCAGAACCAUCAGAAGGUGAAGAAAAAUUGGCUGCUUUAACAGCUGGUGAAAGAACUGCAUGGGCAAUAGCUAGAGAAGAAUUUUUCUCAAAAGGAGUAAAUAAAAUAUCUUUAGAUCUCAUUGAAAAAGCAGCAUUUAUAGUUACAUUGGAUGAUAUACCAUAUAUAUAUGAUCCAGAAAACCCAGACAAAUUAGACCAGUAUGGUCGAAUUUUAUUGCAUGGUAAUGGAUAUGAUAGAUGGUUCGAUAAAUCCUUUACUUUGUGUAUAGGCAGUAAUGGUAGAACUGGUUUUAAUGCAGAACAUUCAUGGGCAGAUGCUGCAGUGAUGUCACAUUUAUGGGAGUACGUGAUAUCUCAGGAAAUUACCAAUAGAGAAUAUAAAGAAGAUGGAUAUAAUAAAGGAGUAUCAGAAUUCACACCUCCACCUCCUGUUCGACUUCAAUGGAAUUUAAAUCCAGACUGCAUAGCUGCAAUUGAAGAAUCAAAUCAAGUUGCACAAAAUUUAUUAAAUGAUGUUGAAUUACGCAUUUAUGUACAUAAUGCCUAUGGUAAAGGAUUUAUGAAAAUUAAUUCAAUGUCACCGGAUGCAUACAUACAAAUGGCCUUACAGUUAGCAUAUUUCCGUGAUUCUGGAAAAUUUAAUUUAACUUAUGAAGCUUCUAUGACUAGACUAUUUCGAGAAGGAAGAACAGAAACUGUGAGACCAUGUACAAUUGAAUCUACGAAUUGGGUGAAAGCAAUGGAGAGUGAAAAUGCAACUAUUGAAACUAAAUAUAAUUUAUUGAUAGCAGCAGCAAAGCAACAUCAAAAAGGUUAUCAAGAUGCUAUGUGUGGUAAAGGAAUAGAUAGACACUUAUUUUGUUUAUAUGUAGUAUCAAAAUAUUUAGAAGUAGAUUCUCCCUUCUUGAAGGAAGUUUUAAGUGAACCAUGGAAAUUAUCUACUUCACAAACUCCACAUGGUCAAACUUCACUAAUAAAUUUGAAAAAAAAUCCAAACUGUAUCUCUGCAGGAGGGGGUUUUGGUCCUGUAGCUGAUGACGGUUAUGGAGUUUCUUAUAUUAUCGCUGGCGAAAAUCUUGUAUUUUUCCAUAUUUCAUGCAAACGUAAUUCUCCAGAAACAAAUGCAGCUAGAUUUGCGAAACAAAUAGAAAGAGCAUUAGCUGAUAUGAAGAACCUGUUUCUUGCAAGAAAGAAAUUGCAAGCUGAAAAGAAUGGUUCUACGUAAUCAUUUU